AUGAAACGAACGAAAGUGGGAGAAGUGGCUCCAUCGAUUAGUCCCUCUAUGGCACGAGGCGAUCGAGUGGUCGACAAGCAAGGUCGAGGCGAGUGGGAGAGGGAUUGCGGAUGGUUCGGCCAGUCUAGGAGACGAGUGAGGGAGGAUGUCACACCGGUCAGGGAUUCUGAUGGGCUCGGAAGAUGGAAGGGGAAGACCUUGGUCGGCGAAGAAAUCAAAGGUAGCGGUAGUUCUCGUCAUAUCUCCGCGAAGCAAAUGCUAGCCAAAACAGAACCGCUCUUUAUUUGGAUUGUCGGAGGAUCAUCGUAA